UUUGCCCUCAUGAUCCAUUUGUUUGUGGAGUCCGGGUACCCUUUCCAGCAUAUUAGGUACUGGUAUCCACAUCCUCGUUUCCUUUUGUCAAGAAUCUCCUCAACUUCGUACUCUUCCUGUCCUUCUAUUAGGUUAGGCGGUGGUUGUGCGAAGUUGGGACCGUGGGAAGCCAUUUCUUGA